ACAACUUGAUAGUAUCUCUUUGUAAACUCAUUCUAUUAAAAAGGAGGAAACCGUUUGGAGACUCAAGAUUUUCCGCAAUAAAUAAGCGGUCAUAUCAGCGAAAAUCUUAAAGAACAAAAGAGAAGAAUUAACAAAUAUCAUGGCUAACAGAUCCAACAUGACUUCAACUUCUUUCAAUGUGGGUUUGAAUGACGGCGUGCGUUCCUCGAGCCGGGUGCUUCGCCCCCCCGGCGGAGGACACACGGACAUCUUCGGCGGGGAGCCCGAGCCGCCACGCGGACGCCGUCCCGCGCCCGCCCUGGUCGAUCAUAUACAGCAUGGUCAAGGGGACGAGCCAGCCAGACCCACUAACGGGGCUACGACCCCGAAUCAGAACGGUCAAGCGAACGCUCCAGUCCAGCCUUCUCCGGUGGAAGCCCAACCGUCGCCCGUGGAAGCUAAGCCCGUGGAAGCCAAGCCCGUGGAAGCGGUUGAGAAGUCCGCCAGCCCCAAGGCCGUGACUCCCACUGAACCCAAAGUAGAUGCCCCGAAACGCGUGCGAGUGCCCCCCGGCGGCUUCUCGUCCGGCCUGUGGUAACCGGCCGCUUCUCACCCUGACGUGUCGGCUCGUGUUCUGGACAUUAAUAUGUUCGCAGACACUCCGCGCCCACAGUGUCGUGUCUCGAGUACAGUUGCAUCCUCGGACCCCUCGGAUCCUGUCCGUCACUCUGAACGCACUAACAAUAUAUCGCCACUAGUAACUAACGUCGUCAUUGCCGAGCGCCGAUCUCCUGGAGCUCGGUGUUUCGUAACCUGUAACGUGCCGAUACUGUCGGGUGUUGUGUGUGUACAUAUUAAUGCGUGCUCCGACCCUAGAGGUCUCCUGUCAGGCCGCGGUCCGCUCGGUUCGUUCGAGUCCUCGCAAUACUUUCCUUACUCUCGUAUUCCUUUAUUGACUCACUCCGCAGUCAAGGGUUUUGUUUAGUUUUAUCGUUUAGCUUCCCGCGGCCUCCGCCUUCCUCCGUCACAAUGUCGAUGUGGACCGAGCGUGUUGUUUUAAAACUUGUUUGAAUUUAUGGCAUAAUAUGUGACGUGAGACGCGUUCCACUGAGAUUUGGGUUACUCGCUGGCGGUCAUCCCAUUACAUACAUCCGAUACACGAAGUGACGAAAAACCGGUGACGUGACCGACUGUUGUCUGCGAAUCGGUUAUAAAUUGAAAUGUUAUCCGUCACUCCCCACAAUGAGUUAGACGGUUGUGUCUCCAAUGAGUUUGUAAUGUUUCUAACGCCAAUGUGUGGGAUGCCGAGGUGGGUGAAGCCCGCUCAGCUAGGACAAGUCUAUAUCGAAAGCUUCGAGAAAUGUGAUUUUAAGUGGCUUUGUUAACAGACUGACGUGUGCCUCAAAUUAAAGUACUUAACAUUACUGUAGCAACUUUCUGUAGCGUUUUUUAUUAUUAGUUUUUGUAUGCCUGUGCUGGCAAAUGCGAUUAUGUAUAUUAAUAAUGAUAAUUGUAUUUUUAUAUAAAUUAAAAUGCAAUAAAUAAUAA